UUUCUCCAGUUACACCAACAACUGCAUCACCAACAUCGUUCUCUUUAACUAAAGUUGAACCUUCUAUCGAUGAUUUUGUUCCUGGAGAAGAUCAAUUUUCUGCUGCAGAUUACGACCCAACAAAAGACCGUAUAGCGGAUGACGAAAGGCAAUUACAUCAUAAAUCUGCCAAGGACUUAGAAUUGCUCAAGAACAAAGAUGCACAGGAAUCUGUCGUUCAACGGGAUGAAAAUGACGUUGAUAUGUCUGCAGCUGAUUAUAAAGAAACUUUAAAUGAAAGUAAUGGAGAUCAUAAAGCUAAUAAUUUGAAAACGAUUGAUGAAUUUGACAUGUUUGCGGAUGAUGAUAUAGCGAUUCCUUCACCAGA